AAUUAACUAAUUGUCUUAAAUUUAUAGUAAAUUUUUAUCUAAUACUUUUAUUAACAGGUUAAGGAUUAAUCUGGUAUCGAGUUGAUUGUCUGGUUUAGUGUUUUUCCAUUGAUAUUGAGAAUUAUUAAAUUCUAGUUGAAGUCAUGUCAGCGACUGAACAAAUGAGAGCCAUGUUAGAUCAGCUAAUGGGAACUGCUCGUGAAGGUGCUGAAGGUAAACGGAAUAGAUAUCAUUUUAGUGAUCCAAGGGUGUGUAAAAGUUUCCUUUUAUCCUGUUGUCCACAUGAUAUUUUGGCCUCAACUCGUAUGGAUUUGGGUGAAUGUCCGAAAGUACAUGAUCUCGCCUUGAGAGCUGAUUAUGAGAAAGCUUCUCUCAAUAAAGAUUUUGGUUAUGAGGUUGACGCUUUGGAUCAUUUGCAAACCUUUGGUGCUGAUGCUGAUAGGAAGACAGAAUUAGCAAAGAAAAGGCUUGCAGAGACCCAAGAGGAGCUUAGUGCUGAGGUUACGUCUAAAUUGAACAAGGUUCAUGAAUUAGCUGAAGCUAUUGGUAAAAAGUUGGCUGCUGCUGAAGCUUUAGGGGAAGAGGGUAAUGUUGAAAAGUCUCUUGAAUAUAUGGAAGAGGUGGAAAAAUUAAAGAAAGAAAAACAAUCCGCUGAGGUUGAAUAUCGUAAUUCGAUGCCUGCAUCAAGUUAUCAACAGCAGAAAUUACGAGUUUGUGAGGUUUGCUCAGCCUACCUUGGAAUUCAUGACAAUGAUAGACGAUUAGCUGAUCAUUUUGGAGGUAAAUUGCAUCUUGGUUUCAUCACAAUUAGAGAAAGAUUAGAGGAAUUAAAGAUCAUUGUUGCAGAAAAAAGAGCCAAAGGUCUGCUACCUGAUAGAAAUGAGGAAAUAUCAAAUGAAAGGAGGAAUCGACAUUCACAUCGAGGAAAUGAAAGAGGCAACAGAUACAAUGAUCGAAAUGCUAAUCGUAACCAUGAACGAUCUGGAGACCGAGCCAAUAACCACAGAAGUAGAAAUAAUGAGUUAGAAAGAGAUCGAGAACGAGGAGGUGAUAGAGACCGUGGAGAAAGAACCGAAAGGCCUGAACGAACUGAAAGAACCGAAAGACCGAAAGAGCAGAAAGAGACCGAGAUCGUGAAAGAGACAGAGAAAGAGAGCCACAAGUUAAACCAAGUAGAAGUAGAUCAAGAUCAAGGGAACGUUAUCGUCGUCGAAGUCGCUCAAGAUCACGAUCACCAAAAAAUCGUCACAAAUCUCGCUCUCGAGAGAGAAGACAUGAAAGACCUGCAAGAGACUAAAACGGAAACAAAGAGAAUUUGCAAAAGAGAAAAAGAAACAAAUGGAAAACAAAUCGAAAGCCAAGUCAAACAGUUUUUUUACCAUUUUUCCAGUUAACCGGUAUAACAAUUGAGAGAAUCUUAAUGAGCGAAAAUCACACCUUGUACAUUUUAUAAAGAAAAAAUCGAGCGAAAAACAAAUUCAAGAGACAAAUUCACUCACCACCUAACAAGGUUCUACCUUUGGAUGUCAUCACAAUGCCUUUUCUACAAAAACAGAUCGAAUUAUAUAUUUGAAUGGAAUCGAAUAUCCUAAUCAUCUAGUGACCUUUUCGGUUGUUUUCGAAUGGACAAAGUUAAUUGGUCUUUCGCACUCAAAAAUCGAGCGACAUCUCCCUUGAGUUGAUAUUAUUCACUCUCUCUCUCUCUCUCUCCAAGUUAAAUCUUUUUCCACUCUCACCUUUUUUUCCUCUCUCUCUCUCUCUUUUUCAUUCACCAAUUCUAAAUUAUUAUUACUAUUAUUAUUAUUACAACAUAACAUCCAAUUUACAACCGAUCAAUUUGAUCAAUGAAAAUGAUGUUGUUACUGAACUUGAAUGAAAAACAAUUAUGAUUAACAGAGAUAAAAAAAAUUAUAUAUAUAAAGUCCAACGUUUCUAAUCAAUUGAAACAAAUUUAUGUACCAUUAAUUAUCAAGUUUAUCCUCUAAAUUCAAUCAACAAAACGUUGUAAACCUUUUGUUUUGAUUUCAAACGAUAAUUAAAUAUCUAAAUUCAAUUA